CGGAGAGUUCGGCUGCCAGUGGCGCGUGGAUGCUGGAAGUUCGCAUCCCGUCGGUGGGGCCCGAGGCCGAGGGGACCCGGCAGAGCCCCGAGAAAGGCCACAUGAUCAAGAAACUGUCCAAAGUGCCCGACUUCCCCUCGAAACGCCUGCCCAACUGGAGGACCAGAGGACUGGAGCAGCGGCGGCAGAGCUUGGAGGCCUAUAUCCAGGGAAUCCUAUACUUGAACCAGGAUGUGCCCAAGGAACUACUGGAAUUCCUGAGUCUUCGCCACUUGCCCAUAGUCCCCAAGGCCAGCAGCUGGGGCACCCUGGGGGAGUUCCUGCCAGGCAACAGCAGCUCACAGCUGUACCACCGGCCUGUUAUCAGCUUCUGCAUGGAUCCUUAUAUUUGCAUCCCAUCCCCAGAGCCUCUGCCCAACGUGGUGGUGAAUGGUGUGCUCCAGGGCCUCUAUGGCUUCAGCGCCAGCACAGCUAAAGCCCAGCCAGAGGCUGCCUGUCACCCUGCUCCAGUGCCACCAAUGCCCUGACCAGUCCAGAGGGCUUUAGGCCACCUGCCAGGACAGUCAUGUACCUCAGUCCUAUGAAAGGGACAUGGGCUGGGUCAGCCUUGGCCUGGACCCAGGACUCACCACCCUCCACCCCUCCAGGCUCAGAACUCAGCUGCACUGGUAUCUGAGGUGGUAGAAUCCUGCACUCCUAGAGCCCAGGGGCCAAGGUAGGGACAACAGAGGAUAGGGAAUAAAGGGAGAGGGAGAAUUCCUUUAGAAUGUUCAUAGCCCACCACUUUGGAGGUGGGCUAUGAAAAGGUGCAGGUGUAUUCCUUUACCUACAUCAGGAGAAAGGUGGGGCGGGGCAGGGACAUGCAAAGGCUGAGGCACAGUGGCUAGCCAAGUUCAGAAGCAAGGGGCAAAAACUCCUGCUUGACAUUUUGUGUGUAGCACAUUUUUUUGUGAAUGUUCAGAUCUGUUUCCCCCUGCCCUCCCAGACUUGUGUGGCCAGUUGGAAAUGUCUGGUUUGUGUUCAUCUCUCCCUCAUUUCUGGAGCAUUUCUGGAGGGAAAGGGUUCAGGCCGGAACCCAAGGAGGGGGCAGGCACCACUGCCACAGGAGCCCCAGACAAGCUGGCACUGGACUUGGGGUUGGGGGGUGCCGCAGGCCACAGAACCCAGCCCAUACGCAGAUUAUAAAAAAAAAAAACACCUUUUUUUUAA